AUGAAACUCUUGCCUCCCAUUCUUCUCGCCUUCAACAGCGUCACCGCUGCGUUCGCUGCUGGCCCUGUCAACGGAACUGCGCUUCCGAAGAACUGGGGCUACCUCGCCUUCUCUCUUCAACCCAACCUCGCCCUUAUUGCCCCAAGCCUAUCACAAGUCUGGGUUAAGCCUGUUGACCCGGCCCUCAAUAAGCAAGACUUGUCAUUCUGGUUCUCCGUCAACCCGACUCAUACUUAUGCUGACCCACCAAAGGACAUCGAAGUCUUGCUUGUACCCGGUGGACCAGGAUCUAGAAUGGGCAAUAUAGAUGAAGUCAUCGCCUUUGUCAAGAAGACAUACCCAGGCUUGAAGUACCUGAUGUACUGGGGCCGAGAUCGCAGCCAGAGCUGGAGUAUUGGACGGCAAAAGAGCCACGACGAACAAAAAGGCUUGGAAAACAGUUAUCGCGAUGGGUCCGGAUGUGAAGUGGGCAUCACCAGCGAGGUCACUUCCGGACCGGAUCUCAUCUUUGCGUUUAUCGAGGAGGUCUAUGCAAUUGAGCUCAAUAGGGUCAAGGAUGCAUGCGACGAUUCAUUUGCUGAGGAGCAUCAAGUUCCACCAAGCGGUGACUGUUCUCAAUCGUGA